CUGCGGUAGUUGGCGAUUACCUCAUUUGGAGAGCAGUUCGUUCUCGGAGGAGGGAAAAUGCCUGAUCCUGCUAAAUCCGCUCCUGCUCCUAAGAAGGGCUCGAAGAAGGCCGUGACGAAGGUGCAGAAGAAGGACGGCAAGAAGCGCAAGCGCAGCCGCAAGGAGAGCUACUCCGUCUACGUGUACAAGGUGCUGAAGCAGGUGCACCCCGACACCGGCAUCUCGUCCAAGGCCAUGGGCAUCAUGAACUCGUUCGUGAACGACAUCUUCGAGCGCAUCGCGGGCGAGGCGUCGCGCCUGGCGCACUACAACAAGCGCUCGACCAUCACGUCUCGGGAGAUCCAGACGGCCGUGCGCCUGCUGCUGCCCGGGGAGCUGGCCAAGCACGCCGUGUCCGAGGGCACCAAGGCCGUCACCAAGUACACCAGCUCCAAGUAAGGUUGCACAAGAGACGCGACGCAUCUGCUAUACCCCAAAGGCUCUUUUCAGAGCCACUUCAUUUAACAAAGGAAAGGGCUG